AAAAAAAAAAAAGAGACACAUACAUAUAAUUGAAAGUGAGAUAGAAACUCAUACACUUUUAGUUUCAUUCCAUAUUAGAGAAUCUUUAUUUUCUUUUACUCAAUUAGAGAAUCUCUUAUAUUGCAUUAAUAUGGAGGUUGCUAUGGAGCUUGAAGAUGAUUUAUUUUUUGAAAAUUUGAGCAAGGAAAUUGCUCUCUUAAUUAUGGAUGAAGAUGAAGAUGAAGAUCCUCUUGUUUCUCAACCUCCAAACUCUCUUCAGGCUUAUUCAAGAGCAAUUCAUCCACCUCCACAAUUUGAUUACUUCUAUGAGCAUGCUUUGAUUAGAAGAGAAAGCAAAGGAACAGGAGUGUUUAUCCCACAAGCAACACAACCAAGAAGGAGGCACAAGAAAGGAAGAUCUAAUUCAUACUCAAAAUAUCAAAAGCAAUCUCAAGACACAAGAAUGGUUUCUCAAGUUCCUACCAAGAAUUCAUUAAAACAAUAAAAUGGUUGAAGUUAUAUAGAUCCUUCUAGUUAUAUUGAUUUUAUUUUGUUUUUUGUUUGGAUUUGUCCU